CUCAAACCGUUGUAUAUAUAAAUAAGACCCCAAGUCUUGAGCUGCUUUCUUAUAAACCUAACUCAAAGAUAGGGAUAGAGAAACCAGAAGAGGAAGAAGAAGAAGAAGAAGAAGGAGGAGGAGGAGAAAGAGAAAGGGAGAUUCCCAUAUAGAGAAAUCAAAGGUGUUGUAUCUUUAAGGUUUAACUAUGGCAGAUGAAUUUCAGACGGGGGUAUGCGGCGGAACAUGGUGGAAUCCGGCGAGGAACUCCUUCAUCGGAGGGCCAUCACCGUGCUCCACGGCGCUGAAUGAUACGGGAAGCUUUGGGUGGCCGACUGAGAUGGUGGACAUCAAGGCAAGGUCGUGUGAGGAGUCCGCUUCGGUUUCCGAUAGCUCCAUAGUUUUCCAAGAUAUUCAGAAACCCCAGCAGCCGGAUUCCGCCAGCGGCGGUAGCAGCAUGUUGAUGGAAUCAACUUUGCAAAUGAUGGGUUUUGGCCUUUCGUCAUCGUCGACGACAACGGAUUGGAAUCCAGCUUUGAUUCGUGGUAGCGGCAGAGCUGAGAGCAAUUAUCAUUCCAUGCUCCAAGAUGACAUGAGUUCGAGGUUGAAUGGGAUGGAUUCUCCUCAAAUUCAGAAGGAUUGGAGUCCGAAGAACUUUUCCACUGGCGGUGAAGAUUCAUCCAUAUGCGCGCUUAAGCCCAUGAAUCAGGGUUUUGCAUUAGACCAGCAGCGUUUAAAUUCUAUCAAUAGCUCCGGCGACAGUACAGUGACUUGCCAAGGCUUCUCUUCAGGCUUUCCCAUGGGUUCAGCUUCAUAUGGCUACCCUUCCACAUUGUUGCAAGGUUUAUAUGAACCUGAUCCUCAACCCCAGCAGUAUCUUUUUGAUAACCGGUCAAUGAACUAUUCAUCUAUGGCGAAUUACCGGACAAGCAUGAAUGAAUUAUCGCCUUCCUGGCCUAAAUACUCUCCCUAUAUGAAACCCUCAUUGCCUAAGCAGCAACCUAAUAGUCAUUUGCACUUCACCAACAAUACACCCUUCUGGAAUGCCUCUGCGGCGGCUCUAAAUGAUAUCAGAGCGAGCUUUUUUCCUUCACCGCAGUCGCAGUUUCUCACACCAACAUUUGAAGAGAAGCCCAAUUGUUCCAAGCUCACCACAAAGCUCAAUACCGAGGAAGUUCGAGACUCGGGAUCAGUGUUGAAGAAGAGCAGCGCUGAACCUGCAUUCAAAAGGCCUCGAAUUGAAACACCAUCGCCAUUACCAACUUUUAAGGUCCGUAAAGAGAAGCUAGGGGACCGAAUCACUGCACUCCAGCAAUUGGUUUCCCCUUUCGGAAAGACUGAUACUGCAUCAGUUCUCCAUGAGGCCAUCGAGUACAUCAAGUUCCUCCAUGAUCAAGUCAGUGUUUUAAGCACUCCAUAUAUGAAAAAUGGGGCUCCCAUUCAACCACAACAGACUUCUGAAAAACUGAAGGACACAGAAGGGUCCAAACAAGACCUAAGGAGCCGAGGACUUUGCUUGGUGCCAAUUUCGAGCACCUUCCCAGUUGCUAACGAGACUACAGCUGAUUAUUGGACACCAACAUUUGGAGGAACUUUUAGGUAAAGAGAGAGAGAAGCCAUCUCCACAAGAAUUAUGGUAUCAAACGUCCCCAGCCAAGUUGGGAAUGAUAACUUCAAUUUACAAAGAGGAUGAAGAUAAUGUAAGCUAGAAGAGCCACAUUGCUGUGCUGUGCUGUGCUGUGCUGGUGUUGAGAAAAAGCUUAAAAAAAAUACACAAAGAAAAAGAGAAAGGAAAGGAAGUGACCCAUCAAGGAAGGACAGGCAAUGCUGGGCCAGAUACAAGCAGAAUGAUGUAGGCUACCAAAUGAUUAGGGACCAUUGGAGUAGAAUAUAUUGCUGUAAUAAUUCAAGUAUUAUAAUUAAAUGCGGGUUAGGAACAGGAACAGGUGCUAAAUUUAGCGGAAAUUCAGAUUAGUUUAGAGGUGCUUUGUUGUUAAAGGAGCUGAAUUUAGCAGAACUGGAUAAAGGGGCUUUUGUUCCUGUUUCUGUAUGUUGUAUAGGACUGGCACAUCCUUUUAUUUAUGUAAAGGAAAAGAAAGUAAAGGCAAAGAAAAAUAAAGGGUGAGAUCAUUGAAUUGAAGAAUACAAGUGAACAAUGAGUUUGUGGAGGUCAUUUGAUUGGGGUUGUAGCUUUUCAUUUGUUUA